GGCGAGCCGUGGAACAUUCUGGCGGCAGGGAUCGAGCCAUUGGACCUCCUCAUCUCGAGGUGGAAGAGGGCUCGCUGCCACGGUGACGCUUACCUGGCUGUCGGCGAUGGCCAUGCCAUGGCGCAGGUGGACUACCUGCCCGACGUGCGGCGGCUCAGCGAGGCGGAGGUGCGCCGCGUGCACGAGGAGGUCUUCUUGGAGCUGGUCUGCGACAGCGAGGGGCAGCCGGUCGGCGGGGCGCCUCCGCGCAGCCCCCCGACGUCGACCACCACUUCGGCCAGCUCCGCGGCG